AUGUUCUACUCUGGAAGCCUUCAGGAAGGGAUCGCAUUGGCUGUUAGUCAAUCCAAGGCAGUGAUCUGCUUUGUUCGAGUUACUAGGUUUCCUGCGGUUGUGGUCAUCAAGAAUGGUACCCUCCGCGAGUAUAUUAUACCGGAGAUAUCGAAGGACACUUUCCACCAGAGGCUUAGGGCUGCUCUUGAGGAUAUGAAUCGACCGGACAAUGAAACUACUGCUACGUCAGUACAGAGCAGUAAUAUUCCGAUUCCUACUACACCUGCUCGUGCUGCCACAUCCCAGCCAACGCCUGCGCCUGCUGCGGUUGCUCCAGCAUCAACAACGGUUGUGCCAAGGCAAGAGCCAGCUCCGACACAACAACCGUCUAUUAACGGUAAAAAAUCAAGCCCACCCCGAGAAACGAAAAAGACAGAAAGUAGAGAUGAAUCUCGGCCUAUCCCGAAACCAUAUCCCCAGUCUCUGAAGAAAGAUGCGAAGCCUGCCGCUCCAAGGGAGCCAGUAAAGCAGAAGGAACUCCAAGGAAGCAGAAUCAGGAUACCCCAGGCCAACACAGCCGCCCCAGCAACGGACAAACCAGUAGAGGUACCCCAACCAAUACCUCCGAAACAAUACCGUCUCCAAGUCCGACUGUUUGACGGGAGCUCCAUCCGGUCGAGCUUCUCGCCUUCACAGACAAUCCGCGGAGAUGUCCGUCCCUGGAUUGAUAGUCAAUAUACGGAAGAAAAACGUCCGUAUAAUCUUAAACACAUCCUCACGCCUGAACCCAAUCGAACCCUCACCAUAGCGGACGAGGAGCAAACGCUUGAAGAACUGGGCCUCGGCUCGUCCGCGAAUCUAGUGAUGGUUCCGAUCAACACAUACACCGAAGCCUAUUCAUCCUCUGCCGCUAGUCUCCCGGUUCGAGCUGCGUCAUCUGCAUAUGGCAUUGUUUCAUCUGUCGUGGGAACCGCAACUGGUCUCGUUGGAUCUAUCUUCGGCUACGUGCUACAACCAGCACCAGCCUCCGAAGCCAGCUCCACUACCUCUUCUCCACCGGAGAACAAUCGCCCCGGGCAGCGUUUGUCUACGUCCCGCAGCCCUACCAUUCGCACCUUGAGGGACCGGCGUGGAUCUCGCGAUGAUAGCCAAUUCUAUAAUGGAAAUCAGCUCAAUUUUGAGCCUCGACGGGAUGCAGAAGAUCAGUCGAGAUCGUAA